AUGGUAGCGCUGUUCCAAAAGUCGAGCCCAUACGUGGUGCCAGGCGUCAUUGAUUUGACGCAACCUUCGCUUUGGAUCGCCGUCGGCAGCAUCUGCUUCAAUCCGCUCUACUGGAACAUCGUGGCGCAGAACGAGUACCACAACAAGACCAUCACCAAGAUCCUCGGCGGUCGUCGAUACCUGGGAUGCUACUUCCUGGCCAUCUCGAUCUUCUCGCUCGGCAUCCUCCGCGAUCACCUGUACAACCUCGCACUCAAGGACCAGCCCACCCACGCACUGCUGCAGCAGGCAUGGGUCAAGCCCGCCGCUGCAGUGCUUUUUGCCUCCGGCAACGUCUUUGUCCUCUCGUCCAUGUGGGCUCUCGGCGUCACGGGCACCUACUUGGGUGACUACUUUGGCAUCCUGAUGGAGAGCAUCGUGACCGGCUUCCCCUUCAACGUCAUGGCCAACCCCAUGUACUGGGGAAGCUCCAUGAGCUUUGUCGCCGUGGCUCUGUGGUUCGGCAAGCCCGCCGGAUUGCUUCUGAGCGUCCUCGUGGUGAUCGUCUACUCACUGGCGUUGCGCUACGAGGAGCCCUUCACGGCUAACAUUUACAGGCAGGCCGAGAAGAAAAAGAGGGAGGAGGCCGACAAGCAGGCUCUGCUUGACAGCGAAGGUCCUGCCUCGGGCACCCGCAACCGAAGCAGAAGAACGCCGUCCAAGCCCAAGGCUUGA